ACUAAAUUUAAAAUUAGGCAUACUUAGCGGACUAAAAUAUCACUUUUCCCGCAACAUUGAUAUUAGCAAUCAAACUUGCUCAUAUUUAGGUAUAUAUAAAUUUUUCCAUUCUAUAUUUCCUAGUCUUCGAUUGCCAACGUUGUAGGCAAAAAUCAACCUACAAUUCUCUCCAUCCCUCUCCCCUUUCUACAAAUAGCAAGAAACAAAGAUGGUCGUUGAACCGUAUAAUGCAUAUCGAGUGAAAAAACACCAACAUCAAUAUAGACUCUCAUUUGAUCAUAACCGGGGCCAAACAUGUCCGCACAAAAAAACACGCCCCAUGUGGUCGCCUUUGCAUUCCCGUUUGGCUCCCACCCGACGCCUCUCCUCCACCUCAUCCAACGGCUGGCCACGGCCUCACCCGGCACCCAUUUUUCCUACUUCAACACAACGAGAUCCAACCAGAGGGUUUUGUCAAAGGCGAACCUGCAUGUCUAUAACAACGUAAAAGCUUACGAUGUGGAUGACGGGGCGCCCGAUGGCCACGUCUUCUCGGGCAAUCCCAUGGAGGCCAUUGAGAUGUUCAUCAAAGCCACACCAGAGAAUUUCAGGAAACGUUUGGAAGACGUCGUGGGAGAGACGGGAAUGAAGGCGACGUGCCUGUUGACGGACGCUUUCUUGUGGUUUUCGGUGGAGAUGGCGGAGGAAAUGGGGAUCCCUUGGGUGGCGUUUUGGACUUCAGGUCCUACGCCCGUUUCUCUUCAUAUGUACACCGAUUUGAUCCAUAGCAAAUUCAAGGAAAAUGGCAAUACAAAAGAUCAGGACCAGACACUUGAUUUUCUUCCAGGAAUGUCAGCUAUACGUGUCAGUGAUUUACCCCAAGAACUGCUGCAUUUAGACAGGCCAUUUUCCCGCCUCCUAUACGACAUGUCACUCGCACUACCGCGCGCCGCCGCUCUUGUGCUCAACUCUUUCGCCGGAAUCGAACCCAUCAUAGAAGAUGAUCUCAAAUUGAAACUUCAGAAAGUUCUCAACGUCGGCCCUUUUUCUUCCCUGACAUCACCAACGCCGCCUAGCGACGACCAAGGCGGCUGCCUAUCCUGGCUGAGCAACCAGGCCCCCGCCUCCGUAGCCUACCUCAGCUUCGGCACAAUGCUGACGCCGCCGCCACCGGAGCUGGUGGCUCUGGCGGAGGCCCUAGAAGAAAAACAGAUUCCAUAUCUUUGGUCAUUCAGAGAUAAUUCGAAGAGGCAUUUAUUAGAAGGAUUCUCAGAACGAACCAAAUCUACAGGAAAAAUCGUGCAGUGGGCUCCUCAGCUGCAAGUCUUGGCGCAUUCUUCCGUCGGUGUUUUCAUCACUCAUUGUGGGUGGAACUCAGUGAUGGAGAGCAUCACGGGCCGCGUGCCCAUGAUUUGCCGGCCAUUUUUCGGCGAUCAGAUGAUAAACAGGCGGCUGGUGGAGGACGUAUGGGGAAUCGGAGUGGGCGUGGAGGGCGGCGCAUUCACGAAAUCUGGUACGGUAGCAGCUUUGGAUCUUGUUCUGACUAAAGAAGGGAAGAAAAUGAGGGAGCAUAUUGGGAAACUCGGAGAAUCUGCUUCCAGGGCGGUUGCUGAAAAUGGAAGCUCCACUGAAAAUUUUAAGUCCUUGGUAGGUAUAGUGGUUUCUUCUCAUUCAGUGUCAUAAUUUGCUAUAAUCAGGACGAAGUUCGGAUAGCCUAAAUUUUGAUAAAUUCUAUGUUAUGGAUAGAAUAAAAUUAGAAGAGAUAUUUUGUCUAGUGGAGAAAUUCUAGAGAAGUCUUAGGUACAUUACAGCACAUUUUACAAGGUUUUUAUAGGUCCUGUAAUGAGUAUAUGCAAUUUUCAUGUUUUGUAUUUUAGUGCUUUGGUCUUUUAUGUUUCUAGGUUAGUAAAUAUGUCUUGUUUUUUUUAAAUUUUUGCAGUUUUAAUUUUUUA